GACGGUGAAGAGAGCGUGAUAUAGCCGUUUGCUCAGCAGUCGCUCGCUGAUAGAGGAACUAAGGACUUUAGACUCCUAAGUCGCAUUUAUUUUUUCAUCAAACUCUAGUCUAGACAGAUAAAGAAAGAAAGCAUCGAUACGGGAAUUUGAAGAAAAGACUAGCUGUUGCAGUAAACAUCUCUCGCUAACAGUCGGGCUAACAGUUCUCUAUUUUAGCCUCUUUAGAAAACAAUUGGUUUGCCUUACUGUCGCUCACAGGUUGUCAGUGUAUAUUGGUUAUUCUAACUCGUUUAUUUUGCUGUUUGUUAAUCAUAUUGGUGGACUUGUGGAAAAAUGUCCAGCCUGCCUUCUGUCAGACCCGAGAAGGGAAGAUCGGAAAUGGCAUCACCUGGGCAACAGGGGCACGAGCGUCCUCAGACCGUCUACGUAAUACUGGAUUCGGCAGAAUCUGUCAAUCUCAUCAGCGUUGAACCUCUCCUUCCUGAGUCUGGGAUUGUGGCCGAUAUCGAGGUGGAAAGCGUUUUCUCCGCCGAUUCGGACGCUUUUUACGAACUGAAGAGUCAGCCUAUUACACCAAGUGGCUCUCUGACCUCUGCUGACCCCGUGACCCCAGCCGGCUCCGUGAUGACGUCACGCGUUUUGAUGAGGCAGGAGCUGAUGCGACAGCAGGCUCAGGACCAGGAGAGGCGAGAGGCUCAGAAACAGGCCUCCAAUGCCCAGCAGCGCCUCACUGAUAGCACCCCUGCCAUCUCUGUCGCCUCCAACCUGCCCGCAAAGCCCACCCAGGUGCCCGUGGAAGUGCUUAAGGUUCAGACUCACUUGGAAAAUCCGACUAAGUACCACAUCCAGCAGGCUCAGAAGCAGCAAGUGAAGCAAUACCUGUCUCACACCCUGGGAAAUAAAAUAGCCAGUCAGACACUGGCAACGUCGCCUCCACCACAACCCUCAUCCGCUCCUGAGCUGGCACCUGCCGGCAGUAGCACUCCCAGCAGCCCUCUCGCUGUGCUCAGCCUGGGGUCCAACAAAGAAGAGAUCGAAGACGUCAUCGAUGACAUCAUCAGUCUGGAGUCGAGUUUAAACGAUGAAUUUAUGACGCUGAUCGACUCUGGUUUGCAGCUUCCCAGCACGCUGCCAGUCUCAGGGAACCUCCUGGAUGUGUACAGCAGUCAGGGCAUGGCGGCGCCCACCAUCACCGUCAGCAACUCCUGCCCUGCAGACCUGCAGAAUGUCAAGAGAGAACUGAGCGAUGCUGAAGCAAAAGCUUUUAUGAAGGAGAGGCAGAAGAAAGACAACCAUAACCUGAUUGAGAGAAGAAGAAGGUUCAACAUUAAUGACCGCAUUAAGGAACUUGGAGCUCUGAUUCCAAAGUCCUCUGACCCGGAGUUGCGCUGGAACAAGGGCACUAUAUUAAAGGCAUCAGUCGACUACAUCCGCAAGCUGCAGAAGGAGCAGCAGAGAGCCAAAGAGAUGGAAACGAGACAGAAGAAACUCGAACACUCAAACCGCAGUUUGAUGCUGCGCAUUCAGGAACUGGAAAUGCAAGCUCGGCUCCACGGCCUCUCGUCAUCUCAGCUCUCAGACUCUCUGACCCAAACACAGACUUUAACCCUGGAGCACAACCCCAACACCGACCUCUCCAAAACCCUCCUGUCAAUCACCCAAACCACACCCUCUUCCUUCCUGUCUCCGCCCUCCUCCACCUCAUCAGUGGGCGGGACGGUCACCAGUCCUCUAGAGCUCGGGACGCUGAGUUUCGGAGAGUUAGACGACCACACAGCCUCCGUUUUCAGUCCAACCCUGAUGGCCGAUAUGGGCUUGGGGGAUAUUCUGAUGGAUGACAGCGGCGCUCUUUCACCCGUAGGAGGCGCUGAUCCCCUCCUUUCCUCGGUUUCUCCAGGAGCCUCAAAAACAAGUAGUCGUAGAAGUAGCUUCAGCAUGGAGGAAGAUUUGUGACGUCUUCAAUUCAGAUGUUAGUUUUUUGCUUGUGCGCUCCAUUGUUGGCCAGUAGAGGGCAGUGUAAUCAUGACGUCUUUGUUAUUCGCUGUACUGUAGACAUCCUCUGGACUCGAUUCUGGAGGAGAUGCAAGUAUAGAAAGACUUCUGGAUGCUUCGUUUGUUAACUCAACAAGCUCUGAUAAAUAUAUAUAUUGAAGAAUAUAUGUACAUAGAGUAGAGGUAGUGCUAAAAAUAUAUUUCGUAUUUCUAACAUGUAUGAAAAAAGUAGCACUAUAAUUAUUAACUCCCGACCACCAACCGUAUGAAUUGAAGUGGAUGAUUAGUUUAUUUUUAAGAUCACUUGUACAGUGAGCUUUAAAAGUCUGAGACUAAA